UAAUUUUUUAUUUAAAAUUAUGAAUAAAGCAAAUAAUUAGUUCUUGAAAUUAUUUUACAUAACGCCGAUUGACAUUACGUUCUAUUACGUAGCAAUAAUUGUUAAUAGAAUAUUGUGCCAGUAUGAUAUUAAUUUAUAAAUUUCAUAAUAGUCAUGAUGGUGAGUGAAGCUCAAUUAAUUUAAUAAUUUAUUCCCCAAGAUCUAACUCAAAUAAAUUACAAGUGAAUGUUGGUCUAUAUAAAGAAGAAUAUUCCAGAUACUGAAAUAGUUUUAACAAAAGGCACGGCAUUGAUAUUUCGUAUUGUUAAAAAUUAUAUUAAAUUUAAUAUUCAACAUGUCAAUGAUACAUAUAUUGAGUUUUAUUGGAUGGCUCUUAAUGGGUAUAGAAUUAAGUAUCACUCAAAGAUAUAAUUGGCCGCAUGACGCACAAUCAAUGUACAAAAUAUUAAAACCCGCAUCUUACAGAGUACCUAAAAAUCCAUCAACUAUUUAUGUCGCUACGCCUCAACACAAAGAGUCCGAUGACGAUUACAUGGACUACCCAAUGUACUCAUUUAAUUACGGAGUAACUGAUGAACAUACGGGCGACUCAAAGUCCGUUUGGGAAGAAAGAAAUGGGGAUGCUGUACGUGGUGAGUACUCGUUUACUGAAGCAGAUGGAUCUAUUCGUACAGUAACUUACACAGCAGACGAUAAAAAUGGAUUUAAUGCUAUUGUUACCAAAACUUUACCACAAAACCCUUACUGACAA